GUCGCUUAACAAAACUUGAGAUCUGAGAGAGUUCUUAAUUCUUUGUUCUUCUUUACGAAGGGAAGAGACGAACAAUUAAAUUUUAUCUUCUUUUCGAUAUUUCUUAAUCACUGGAAUAACAAAGUUUCGAAAUCGGAUUUGGGAUUUGAAAAAGUUUGGAUUUUGAUCAGUGAAUCAUCAACGAGUCGUUAUGGAAGGAGUUGGGGCUCGGUUAGGUAGGUCCUCGACUCGGUACGGACCUGCAACGGUAUUCACCGGUCCGGUGAGGAAGUGGAAGAAGAAGUGGGUUCACGUCUCUCCUUCCACCAAGAAGGACAAUAACAACAACAGCUCCUCCUCCACUCCUUCCGCCGCAGCCUCCGUUGCUAACGGUGGUUCGAAUUCCGACGGCAGUAACGGAUCGCAUUUGUUGUUCUAUAAAUGGGCUCCAUUGUCUCAGGCUAGUAACGGUAACAGUAACGGCAAUGAAGAUGGUAAGAGUGAGAGUAAUUCUCCAAGCGAUGAAACUGUGACCGCAGCGGCUGAAGAUCCUCCGCGACGGAGAUUCAAAUACGUGCCGAUUGCAGUACUCGAGGAGCAGAAGAAGGAAAUUACAGAAAUUGAGGAGGAUGACAAGAUUGAGGAGGAUAACAAGAUUGAGGAGGAUGACAAGAUUGAAGAGGAUGACAAGAUUGAUGAGGAUAACAAGGUGGAGCAGGAAGACAAGGUUGAUGAGGACAAAAGUGUAGAUGAGGACAAAAGUGUAGCCGAGGACAAAUGUGAGAAGAAAAAGGAAGUGGAAGAAAAGCCUGACAUAAAUGAUGUUCCCAUGGAAGAUAAUCAGGAUGAUGAAAAAAUGGUACAGGAUGAAGAAAAACUGGUACAUGAUGAAGAAAAAAUAGUGCAGGAUGAAGAAAAAAUAGUGCAGGAUGAAGCAAAAAUGGUACAGGAUGAAGAAAAAAUAGUGCAGGAUGAAGCAAAAAUGGUACAGGAUGAAGAAAAAAUUGUGCAGGAUGAAGAAAAAGUGGUGCGACAAGAUCUGAAUGAAAGCACAGUGGAAUUAGGACUGAACUUAAAUGCUAACGAUGAGGAUGCUGGAAAGGAACCAAAAGAGGGCAAGCCAUUAGAAGAAUGAUAAUCUGGGUGUUUUGCAACCCAUGCAACUCGGGUUAGGUUCAUCUCCCUCAAGCCUCAAUGUCAUUAGGAAGAAAGACACACAGAAAGAACAAAGCAGUCAUUAGAUGUGGAUGCAGAUCCAUGUUUUGGUCUGUUAUCCCAUGACUUAUUCCUUUUGUUGUUAAUGGAACGACUCAUUUAUUCAGACUACAUUCAAUUCAUAGGAAAUUUCUUGGUACUUUUGUCUGAAUAUUUUGAUUCAUCUGAAACACUUAAUUU